AUGUUUGUAUUUUUGUGCUCCGUCCCUCACAUCUUUUCUUUCGAUUUAUUACCCUCGAAUGUGGGGCUUGUUUAUGCGCGUUGUCAUCCUUUGAUUUUUGGCUCUCUUUUUUUAUCAGCCCAUCCUUUUUUUCUUUCCCUUGUUUUUUCUUUUUUUGUGUGUGUGUGUUUUGUUUUUUUUUUCUGUUUUUUCCACAUUUGUUUUUUUUUGUUUUCUUUAUUUUCCCCCUUUGGGUGUAUUUCUAAUGUUGAUUGCGCUUUUCGUGCUUUAAUUUUUCUGUGGGUAACUCUGUGUGUGUGUGUGUGUGUGUGUUACCGUUAUUUUUGGGCCCAUUGCUCCAACGUGCGUCCGCUUGUGCGGCGGCGGCCAGCAGGCGGGAGGUCAUGGACUGCUGCAUGGGCACAUGCGUCUACGCUUUGUACCCGACCUUUCCGUCACCUCAUGAGCUCGCGCACUUGUCGGGCAAAACUGGGGAUGCAUGCCACCAUCGGCACCGACAUCGCCUGCGGGAAUGGAGCGCUUGUGGGAGAGGGAGGAGGCGAGGGGAAAAAAAAAAAAAAAGGAAUGGGGGAAAGUUCUUUCAAUUUUUUAUAUUAUUUUUAUCCAUUUCUGUGUGUUGUGUGUGUGUUUGUAUUUUCUUCUUCUCUUUUUUUUUCUUUUUUUUUUUCGAGGUGCGAGUUGAUGUGUAUUCAAGUGAGACUUUUGAGCCGCCAAGAACGACAACGGAGAAGAGAUUUACGCAUAUAA